UCAUCGUUUAGAGAUUUUUUUUGCAUAACGGAAAUCUAGUUUAAAACAAUGGAUUAUUCAUUUGAAUAAAUGAAAUAUUUAUUCGAAUUCACAACUUGUGUAGAUUCAAACAAAAAUUCAUUCAGUUGAAACGAACUAGUUAUCAAUUCGUACUACACUAGAGAAAUUUUUUUACGGUGACAAGAAAAACGGUAUUUCGUGUAACAUUAAAAUAGAAAAUUCAUUUUUCAUAAAAAAUUAACAUGUUACUCCAUGUACAGUUAUUUUAAUACGGUCAACUUAAGUUACCACAUUUUUCUUUCUGGCGGCCAUUUCCGAGAUUUCAGACUUGGGUAGUUUUGCCGUAUAACUGUAAAUACAUGGCAAUGAUUCGACUAGUAUUAGCUGUCUUCUGUUUCUGUCAGAGGCACGUUUCACAACAUCAAAAGAGCGCAUGUAUCACAUCAACAGAUCAGUGCGAUCAUCAUCGCUGCAUAGUGCUGGCCAAUUAAUGUGUAUCUUGUUAGUAGUGCAUAAUCAAUGAACAAAAUAAAGCAGCAUUGAAAUUAUCAAGAGUGAAAAGGCAUUUCACAAUUUUCAAUUCGUAUGACGUGCUUAUUUAAACGAAGCGAUAAAAGUAUCAUAAGAGGAUAGCUCCGCUGUUUUGCGUUCAAUUUUUUUAAUUUUUUUAAAUAUCGUCUUCAAGAAUAAUCUUGCCAACGGUUCCAACCCGAUGAGGGACUUUAUCUUUUACUUCUCAAAGGUGCAGUAUAAGAAAUAGUGAAUAAGAAUGAUUUCUGGAUUUUAUGAGAGGAUCGUUGGAACUUCACCUCCACCAGAACCUAAUGAACCAAAGAUAUUGUGCGUCGGUUUGAGUUGUUUAGAUAUUGUUCAAAUCUGUAAAAAUUAUCCAAAAGAAGAUACUGACCAAAGAUGCAUCGAUUUGCGAUAUCAACGGGGUGGAAAUGCAUCCAAUAAUUGCACUGUUUUAUCAAAGCUCGGCCAACCAUGUGAAUUUUUAGGAGUUCUUAGCAAUGAACAAUUUUCUCAAUUUCUUCAAGAUGACAUGCGAUCUCACAAGAUUGAUUUUUCCCAUUGCCCAAUCAUUGAAGAUAUUGGGUGUCCAAAGUCUGUAGUACUUUUGAGUCUAAGUACUGGUUCACGCACAAUCAUUCAUCACAAUCAAAGCAAUGUAGAAAUCAAAUUGCAAGAUUUUGAAAAAUUAAAUUUAGAGGAUUACAGUUGGAUACAUUUUGAAGGAAGAAACAUAUCAGAAGUAAUUUUAAUGAUGCAGCACAUAGAAGCGUACAAUAAAUCUUUGACACAAAAAGAAACUGAAGAUUCUAAAGAAUCUACCCAACAACCAAUUACCAUUAGCGUAGAAAUAGAAAAAAUGAAAGUGGAACUUCUAGAUUUAUUACCUUAUGCAGACAUAGCAUUUGUAUCUAAAGAUUUUGCCAAGAGUCGAGGAUACACUAAUAUGAGUGAAACAUUAAAAUGUGUAAGCAAAGAUGCAAAAACAGGCGUUACUAUAUUUAGCGCUUGGGCGGAUAGAGGAGCAAUGGCACGGGCACCUGAUGGAACUAUUAUACAAUCACCUGCAUAUCCUCCCCAUAAAAUUGUAGAUACUCUUGGUGCUGGUGAUACAUUUAAUUCUGCUAUUUUAUAUUAUCUUAAUAGAGCUAAGCUAAAUUCUAAAAGGAACAGUGAAGAUACUCAAUUGCAUGUAAAUGAUAUUCAACAAAACUAUAAUAUCGAAAGUACUGAAAAAAGUCAAACCCAUUUUAUCAAUAGACAAGUCCUUCAAGAGGCAAUUUCUUUUGCUUGUAAACUGGCUGGAGCUAAAAUUGGAAUGCAAGGUUUUGAUGGUUUGAAUAGAAUUUAUAAAAACUUCUUGUAAUGUAGUUGUUUUAAAAUGAAAUAUUUUAGAAAUUUGUUGUUUAUUGUAUAGUAAAUCUACGAAAGUAAUAGGUAAACUAUGAAAAUUUGAUUGUAAAAUGAGCUUUAAGUUAAGUUAUUUAAUUUUAUUGCUUUUUAAAUUUGUUCUCCUAAAAUAUUUUAACUCGCAGUCAAUACUCAAAGUUUUUAUAUAUUUCUAUGUAGUUUUAA